AUGAAUGUAUUCGACUGGAUAUAUCCUCUCUUGCUGAGGAUAAUUAAUAUACAAGUUGACGUUAACGAAGGUAUUUUGGAGGGACAGGUAGUCGUGAACCCGUACGGAAGUCCUUAUUUCAGCUUCAAGGGAAUUCCUUAUGCAGAGCCCCCCGUUGGUGACCUGAGAUUUAAGGCACCCCAGCCGAAAAAACCCUGGAAAGGAGUUCUGAACGCAAAGGAGCAUGCCUCGAACUGUUAUCACUACGAACUAUUUGCCAACGAAACAACUCCACCUGUGGGAAGCGAAGAUUGCUUGUACCUCAACGUUUACACUCCCAACCUAGUACCAGUCAACCUAUUGCCAGUCAUGGUUUGGAUCCACGGAGGAGGUUUCAUAAGUGGCAGUGGCGAUGAUAAUGAGCACGGUCCUCAAUACCUUAUCAGAAAAGGGGUAAUCUUAGUUACCUUAAACUAUAGACUCGAGAUCUUAGGAUUCCUUUCUCUUGACACAGAAGACAUUCCUGGGAAUGCUGGUAUGAAGGACCAAGUAGCUGCUCUGAGAUGGGUUAAGGAUAAUAUAAGAAAGUUCGGUGGUGAUCCUGAUAACAUUACUAUUUUUGGGGAAAGCGCUGGAGGAGCGAGUGUGUCUCUCCAUCUUGUCUCACCAAUGACUAAAGGUCUUUUUAAACGAGCUAUCAUGCAGAGUGGAACUGUAACAGGCUGGUUGACGUACACGUUUCGAGCAAGAGAUAAAGCUAUAUUACUCGCAAGGGAUUUAGGAUGCCAUUCAAAUGAUCUCAAAGAAAUUUACGAAUUCUUCAAAUCCCAACCAGUUAAAAAUCUUAUUAGGAAAGAAAUUAGAUUAUCAUACGCAGCUUUGGCUAAGGCAAGUCCUAAUUUUUUGAAUUUGUUUGCUGUUGUGUCAGAAACACAGUUUGGUAACGAUGAAAGAUUUUACUACGGUGAUUCUUAUGAUCUUGCUCGUAAUGGUAUACACGAGGGUGUAGAAAUCAUGAAUGGUUAUACGGAAGAUGAAGGUGUGAUAUAUUUUUCUGCUGGGCUCGAUAUCGACCACCUCUUUGAUCAAGCUAAUAAGUUCUUAGAGUUAUUUGUCCCACUACCCUUCACCCGAAAUACUCCUUUAGUUGAGCAAUUAGAAAUUGGGAGCAGAUUCAAAGAAUUUUAUUUGAAAAAUAAUACCGUGUCUAGAGAUAACGUGGACGAUUUGUUAAGAUAUCUUAAUAUGGAACUCUUUGUGUACGGAGCAAUUUCGAUGCAAAAAAUUGUUGCUAAACACAAUAAUAAUAAGAAUUACUUCUACAAAUUUACCUGUAAAUCAGAAUUGAAUCUUUCCUCCAAAAUAUGGGGCUUGGAUGGGUUGUUCAGCCAUAGGCCUCUGACGGCGCACGCGGAUGACGUUGGGUAUCUCUUCCCGUCAAUUCCAGAGGAGGUUAUUGACAUGAACUCGAACACUUUCAAAAUGAUCGAUCAAGUAACUACACUGUGGACUAACUUUGCUAAACAUGGUGAUCCCACUCCUGAUGACGGCUUGGGAACAAAAUGGCUGCCGUUCACUGUUGAAAAUGAGGAAUAUUUGGAUAUAGGAGAAAUUCUAAUUCCUAAAACUUAUCCGGAUAAAGAAGAAAUCGAAUUCUGGGAAAGCAUUUUUAAAGAAUUUCUACCGCACUAUGUGCCUUAA